AUGGAAUCCAGGGGCAGCUCGACGAACGGUGAUGCGGACCUGCUUGCCCUAUUGAAAAGCGAGCUCAAGAACAGCAUGAAGGCAAAGGAUGCGAAUGCCAGUGGAGUAUUCAGGGCUCUUCUCUCCGAAUUCCAAUAUGCAGAGAAACAGGCUUCCGCUUCAGACAGCAAAUCACCCCAGCCAAGCAUCAUCUCUAUCCUCCAGAAAGCUGUUACCAAACGACAAGAAGCAGCAGCGCAAUACCGCGCCGCUAAGCCAUCCCCGCGAGAGGACCUCGCAGCAAAGGAGGACGAGCAGAUCGAGCUGAUCAAGAAAUUCCUGCCAAAAGAGAUGACGCGCGAAGAGAUCAUGCAAAUCGUGCAGCAAGUGAUACAGGAACUUGGCCUCUCCGGCGAGGGGAAGCAGAUCAUUCCGGUAAAAGGUGCGAUGGGCAAAGUCAUGGGGGAAUUGAGCAAACGACUGGAUAAGGGCAAAGCACCCGGGCAGGUCGUCAGCGCUGUCGUCAAGGAGCUCCUAGGAUCAAAGUGA